AUGUCUUCUUCGUCUCCAACUACCGAGCCCUCUUCCGUAACUUCACUCUUAAACCCACACUCCCCACUCAACGGUCACGAUUCAACCGAUCAACCACAGCCACCGCCGCCGCGAGACCCCGAAAACCAGCCCCAAGACGACGCCGUUCCCGGAGACAAACGCAAGCGAGAGGAAAACGACGACGACGCCCCGAAACCUUCCGUCGUCCCUCCUCUAUGGAAGACCAGCCUCUGUUCCUACUUCAGGCGUGAGUCCGCCUCCUGCAGCCACGGGAGCGGGUGCCGGUACGCCCACGGCGAAGCGGAGCUCCGGCCCCGACCCGACAACACAUGGGACCCGACCUCCGAGCGCGCGAAGAAGCAAAAGUUGGAGGAGGAGGAAGGCGACCAAUGUGCGUCUCCGGAUAAUGUGAUGAUGACAGAGGCCGUCGAUGAUGACGACGACGGUGACGGUAACGGUGACGGAGACGUUGGAGGGUUGGAUCCAGAGCUGAGCAAGUGCCUGGUUCAUUUACCCAGGAAUUGGAAAUCGGAGAAAUUGAAAGACUUUCUUAGUGAGAAGGCAAGUGGAGUUCAAUUUAAAUCGGCGAAGAAGAAGAAAGGCAUGACUUUAGGUUUUGUGAGUUUUCAGAGUGUAGAGCAAUUGCAAACUGCUGUGAAGGAGCUGGAUGGAAUAUCAAUUGGUAACAAAAAUAUAAAGGUUGCGGAUGUCAUUCCCAGAUCAUUUGAAAAGAAAACCAAAUCGGCAAUGGCUUUACCUCAAAACCCGCAGAAAACCACAGAGGUUGAAUUGGAUGGGGAGAAUGUGGAAGACUCUGUGGUGGCAAAUGGGGCUGAGGAUGGCAAUGCGACUAGUGGACGAAGUGCCCGCAAAGUAGUGACUCCCCUGGCUCAUAUGCCUUAUGGUGAUCAGUUGGAGCAUAAAAAGAACUCUCUUAUGCAGAUUCUCAAAAGACUUACUAGAAAUGCUCGCAAAGCUUGUCCUGAUGGUAUUCCGCUUCCAGAAUGGAUUCUCAAGUCUAGGGAGAUAGGUGGUCUUCCAUGCAGUUUAGAGGGUAUACUAGCAUCCCCAGUUGUAAAUGGAUAUCGUAACAAGUGUGAAUUUUCAGUUGGAUAUUCUCUACAGGGAAAAAUAACUGUGGGGUUUAUGCUUGGAAAUUUUAGGGAGGGUGUUACAGCAGUUGAAGAACCUUUUGACUGCCCAAAUGUUUCCAGAAUUUCUUGCAAAUAUGCCUCUAUCUUUCAGGAGUUUCUGCAACAUUCAAGUUUACCAGUUUGGAACAGAUUUAAGAAUAUUGGAUUCUGGCGUCAACUGACGGUUCGAGAAGGGAGGAGACCAGGCAUGGCCUCUGAUGCUGAAAAUUGUGAGGCCAAUAUUGCAGAGGUCAUGCUUAUUGUUCAGGUUUCCAGUACAGGAUUUGAUGAUGCACAGAUAACCAGUGAUUUUGAGAGGCUAGCACAAGUUUUUUCUGCAGGAGCUACUGCCAGUUCGCCAUCUUUGCCUCUUACAGCUUUAGUUAUUCAGGAUCACCAAGGAAUAUCAAAUGCAGCACCGGCUGAUGCUCCAUUGCGCUCAUUAUCUAUUUCGAAAGGAGAAGGUAGUUCUGAAAUGCAGGCCACCGACAAUGUUGUAGAAGCAAAAAUUCAUGACUAUAUAAGUAAUCUUCGGUUCUGCAUAUCACCAACAGCAUUUUUCCAGGUCAAUACCCUUGCUGCAGAGAAGCUAUACUCUCUUGCAGGGGAUUGGGCUGAGUUGGGUCCUGAUACCUUGCUAUUUGAUGUAUGCUGUGGGACUGGAACAAUUGGGCUGACUUUAGCACAUCAUGUUGGUAUGGUUAUUGGCAUUGAAAUGAAUGCUUCUGCGGUUUCAGAUGCUCGUAGGAAUGCUGAAAUUAAUGGCAUAACAAACUGUAGAUUUGUCAGUGCGAAGGCAGAGGAUGUGAUGCGGUCUUUGUUGGAAGAGUACAUUAAUGCACCUCAGAAACAAGAAAAUAACGUCAUUGAAGGUAUUGACGAAGUUGUUGCUACUGAUGAAGAGAAACCAAUCUCAACAGACAACAAACCCAACCCUGAAGAGAAUUCAAGCCAUGAGCUUGAAAGUGGUAAGACUGCAUCUGAGGGUUUAGAAACCGACAAGCAGGAACUCAGAAGCCAACUUCAGAAUAGUUGCACUUCUGAAAAUGGGAAUGCUCCAGUGAAACGUUUCAGUAAUGUUGUUGCUAUUGUUGAUCCUCCCCGAAGCGGACUUCAUCCCACUGUGAUCAAAGCUCUUAGAACUCAUCCUGGUCUACGGAAGCUUGUUUACAUUUCCUGCAAUCCUGAAAGCUUAGUGGCAAAUGCUAUCGAGCUUUGCACACCAUCUCCUGAGAAAAUCGAAAAGAACAAGAACAACAGAGCAUGGAGAAACAUGAGCAGUGCUGGUCUAGCACGGCACAGGGCCAAGUCUAUGCCGGCUUCAGAGCCUUUCCGACCUGUCAAAGCAAUGGCCGUUGAUCUAUUUCCACAUACCAUACACUGCGAAUUGGUAAUGCUCCUUGAGAGGUAG